UGAACGCAAGACCUCGGAGAGAGAGAGAGACGACUAAACGAGACAGAUAGCUAGACAGACAGACAGAUAGAUAUACAGACAGAUAGACGGAUAGAUAGAUAUACAGACAGACAGGCGGAUAGAUAGAUAGAUAUACAGACAGACAGACAGAUAGAUAGACGGAUAGAUAGACAGACAGAUAGAUAUACAGACAGAUAGACGGAUAGAUAGACAGACAGAUAGAUAGAUAGAUAUACAGAUAGAUAGAUAGACAGACAGAUAGAUAGAUAUACAGACAGACAGAUGGACAGACACAUAGAUGGACAGACAGGUAGAUAGAUAUACCGACAGAUAGACAGACAGGUAGAUAGAUAGAUAGAUAGAUAGAUAGAUAUACAGACAGAUAGACGGAUAGAUAUACAGCCAGAUAGACAGAUAGAGAGAUAGACAGAUAGAUAGACAGAUAGACGGAUAGAGAGACAGACACAUAGCGAGACAGACACAUAGCUAGAUAGACAGAUAGUGACUUGGAAUAGGAGAGAUAUGGUGUUCUGCUGGUGAUUAAGCUUCAGCUCAGAAGAACAGACCAACAAAACAGCCUUACAAUGGACACGACUGGAAACAGUCCACAAGUGGAUUCUCGUUAGGGAGAAGCGACUGCUUGUCGCCUGGUUGUCGGUGAUCAGAAGUGGGAUUCAAACCGUCGGUGUGGAGCAGGAAGACUUUAAACUUUGACCGGCAGAGUUUUCUGAGCACAGUCUGAAGCUGUCUUGAGGACUUUACCAGAGCUGUUUCCUGUGCGUGAGGAUCCUACUGAAACCCUGAUCCCUCGCUCUUCUGGACCAGACUUCUCCACAUAGCUUCUGGACCAGACUUGUCCACAUAGCUUGUGGACCAGACUUCUCUACAUAGCUUGUGGACCAGACUUCUCCACAUAGCUUGUGGACCAGACUUGUCCACAUAGCUUGUGGACCAGACUUCUCUACAUAGCUUGUGGACCAGACUUCUCCACAUAGCUUGUGGACCAGACUUCUCUACAUAGCUUGUGGACCAGACUUCUCCACAUAGCUUGUGGACCAGACUUCUCUACAUAGCUUGUGGACCAGACUUCUCCACAUAGCUUCUGGACCAGACUUGUCCACAUAUCUUCUGGACCAGGCUUGUCCACAUAUCUGUCGUGGAAGUUGUUUGUGUGUCGGCGGUCUUCAGGAGGAAGCUUAAAUACCUCCAAAACAUACGACUGCUGAGAGACGGAGAGGAGACAAACUCCCCUGGAAAUCAUCACUCCGUGUCGUCGAUUGAUUCUUUGUGCUGAAAACAGGAAGGAGAUGGAAGAGUGGAUGACGGCAUUACGUAGUGUCCAGAACCCAGAGAACUACCAGUCUACCCAGUACAGCAUGGACCACUUCAGCGGCAUGCACAACUGGUACGCAUGUUCCCACGCCAGACCCACCUACUGCAACGUCUGCAGAGAGGCUCUGUCUGGUGUGACCUCACACGGCCUGUCCUGUGAGGUGUGCAAGUUCAAGGCCCAUAAGCGCUGUGCGGUUCGGGCCACCAACAACUGUAAGUGGACCACACUGGCGUCCAUCGGGAAGGACAUCAUUGAAGACGAAGACGGGGUGUCCAUGCCUCAUCAGUGGUUGGAGGGGAACCUGCCGGUCAGCGCCAAGUGCACCAUCUGUGAUAAGACCUGCGGCAGCGUGCUGAGGCUGCAGGACUGGAGAUGUCUCUGGUGCAAAGCAAUGGUCCAUACAGGCUGUAAGGAGCAGCUGUCCUCGAAGUGUCCUCUGGGUCAGUGUAAGGUGUCGGUCAUUCCUCCCACAGCGCUCAACAGCAUCGACUCUGACGGUUUCUGGAAGGCGACGUGCCCGCCGUCCUGCACCAGUCCUCUCCUGGUGUUCGUCAACUCCAAGAGCGGAGACAACCAGGGGGUCAAGUUCCUCCGCCGCUUCAAACAGCUGCUUAACCCUGCACAAGUCUUUGACCUGAUGAACGGAGGACCACACCUGGGUCUGAGGUUGUUUCAGAAGUUUGAUACGUUCCGAAUCCUGGUGUGUGGAGGUGAUGGAAGUGUGGGCUGGGUUCUAUCUGAGAUAGAUACCCUCACCCUUCACAAACAGUGUCAGCUGGGUGUUUUGCCACUGGGUACAGGAAAUGACCUGGCAAGGGUCCUGGGCUGGGGGUCGGCCUGUGACGAUGACACGCUACUUCCUCAAAUACUGGAAAAACUAGAGAGAGCCAGCACCAAGAUGUUAGACAGAUGGAGUAUUAUGGUCUAUGAGACCAAGUUUCCACGGCAACACUCUACCUCCACUGUCACUGAGGACUGCAGCGAUGACUCUGAGGUGCAGCAGAUUUUAACAUAUGAAGACUCAGUAGCUGCUCACCUCUCCAAGAUACUGACUUCAGACCAGCACUCUGUGGUCAUCUCCUCUGCCAAAGUCCUGUGUGAGACGGUGAAAGACUUUGUGGCUCGGAUUGGGAAGGCUUACGAGAAAACCACCGAGAGCUCAGAUGAGUCUGAGGUCAUGGCUAAGAAGUGUGGCGUUCUGAAGGAGAAACUUGACUCCCUGCUGAAAACCCUCAAUGAGGAGGCUCAGGCCUCUACACUGCUCUCCCCCGUACCUCCCCCCACUAUCGCUGAGGAGCAGGAGGAGGGAGAGGGAGUCCUGCUCUCGCCCCCUCUCCAGACCCCACCCACGGCCACUCCCUGCUCCCCACGCACCAAUACCUCCUCGGCGGCCAUCUUUAAACCUCGGGAGCAGCUGAUGCUGCGAGCCAACAGCCUGAAGAAGGCCAUCAGACAGAUCAUAGAGCACACGGAGAAAGCGGUGGAUGAGCAGAAUGCACAGACUCAGCGGGUAUUUGGUUUGGGGGUAGAGGAGGAAGACGAGUAUGAGGCGGAGGAGGAAGAUAAAGUUUCUCUCCAGUCGUCGUUCAGCGGGUCGGCUGGUGCCACCCGCAACCGGACUGCACGUAGAGUCAGUAAAACACCCUGCGAGAAGCUCAUCAGUAAAGGCAGCCUGUCUCUAGGCAGCUCCACCUCACUUCCUGUUCAGACAGGAUGUAGGGAAAACAUGCCUAUGCUCAACACCAAGAUCCUCUAUCCUGGCUCUCUCUCCAGUAGCUCUGUGAUCAGCAGACUUUUGGUGAACGCCGACCCCUUCAGCUGUGACCCUGACAACAUGGACUGCUACACAGAAAAGUGUGUGAUGAACAACUACUUCGGCAUUGGCCUGGACGCCAAAAUCUCCCUGGACUUCAACAACAAGAGAGACGAACAUCCGGAGAAGUGCCGGAGUCGCACUAAGAACAUGAUGUGGUAUGGUGUUCUGGGAACCAAGGAGUUGCUCCACAGAACCUACAAGAACCUGGAGCAGAGGGUCCUGCUGGAGUGUGAUGGCCGGCCUAUCCCCUUGCCCAGUCUUCAGGGAAUUGCUGUGUUAAAUAUUCCAAGUUAUGCGGGAGGAACCAACUUCUGGGGAGGAACCAAGGAGGAUGACACCUUCUCAGCUCCAUCGUUUGAUGAUAAGAUCCUGGAAGUUGUGGCCGUGUUUGGCAGCAUGCAGAUGGCGGUAUCCAGAGUCAUCAACCUGCAACACCACCGCAUUGCACAGUGUCGGACAGUGAAGAUCACCAUCCUGGGGGAUGAGGGGGUUCCGGUGCAGGUGGAUGGGGAGGCGUGGGUCCAGCCACCGGGCUACAUCAAAAUCAUCCACAAGAAUCGAACGCAGACCCUCACCAGAGACCGGGCCUUUGAGAGCACCCUGAAGUCGUGGGAGGACAAACAGAAGUGUGAGUUCCCGCGGGCUCAGCCGCCGCUGUCCUCCCAGCCGGAGAUGGUCUCUGAGGAAGACUCAGCUCUCGUGAGCCAGUUUGGUCAGGCUGCUGGAGCCCUAAUCCACAGCAUCCGGGAGAUUGCCCAGUCCCACCACAGCAUGGAGCAAGAGCUGGCCCACGCCGUCAACGCCAGCUCCAAGGCCAUGGACAUCGUCUACGCCAACUCCAAGAGCUCCGGGGCUCUGGUCCAGAUGGUCAGUAAUGUGAAGGCUUUACACAAUGAGACAGAACUGCUGCUGGCUGGAAAGAUGUCCAUGCAGCUGGAUCCUCCUCAGCAGGAGCAGCUGAAAGGAGCUCUGAGCUCCGUCGCCCAGAACCUCCGACGGCUGUCUGACAUCUCCUGGCUCGGUCCACUGCUAGAACCCUCAGAACACGAGGGUGUUCUGACAGAUAAGAGAAGUCGUAGCACAAAGUUCCGACUCGUCCCCAAAUUCAAGAAGGACAAGAACAACAAGAACAGGGAGACCUGUGCUACUCUCUCUCUUCCAGUUCACCAGUGGGGUACGGAGGAGGUGGGGGCGUGGCUGGAGCUCAUCUCUCUCCAGGAGUAUAAGGACAUCUUUAUCGGACAUGAUGUCCGUGGGGCCGAACUCCUUCACCUGGAGAGGAGAGACCUGAAGGAUCUGGGCGUGGCGAAGGUUGGUCAUAUGAAACGCAUUCUGCAGGGUAUCAGAGAGUUGAGCAGGAACAGCAGUGCCAGCGAGGCGUAAGCACAUUCAGAUGCCACCCCCUGUUGUCCUGCUUCUGCUGCUGUGCGCGACCAUAUGACCUGACCUCUGACCUCCAGGACAACGACCAACUCAGCUAUCAGUCAUGAGCACCACCAGCGUCUCUCGCUUGUCGAGACCGACAUGACAACAAAGCCUUUAAAUUUCCAAGGACAAAAAACAAAACAAAACACAGUCGUCUGGGUUCACCAGCAGGGGGCAGAGGAUGUAACAGCGGUCCAACAGGAUAUCAUUACACAUAUGUUUCAGAUAAACUUGCCCUGGUGGGUUUGGUCUCCUUCAGAAUUCUGACUUCAGCCCUUUAAAGUAGGACCUCCCACUCAGAACCUGGUGGACGGUACCUACUCAGCCAGCAGAACCUCACCGCAGAGAAAAGAGCCAAUCAGAUGAUUCAUUUGUGCCUUGUUAUCUCAUCCACCGUCCAACCAACACCCAGAAACACCAAGUGUACCGUCAGCCAAACAUGUCUGUACCCACACAGACAUUAGAACAGAAAGAGCCACACACCAGUCAUAUAUAAAACUCCCCUUUGUACCAUUAAUGGCUGUCAGAGGAUCACCAGUUAUUUAACAGUGGCCACAGGUGAGGACUGUGAGGACAACAUGGCUGCCAAUAAAAACUAGAGGCUAAAUGAUGAUAAACUAUAUCAUUGUCUCUCUGGAGAGACGUGAACCUCUUCUGUCCACCAGCCAUCAGUCUGUCCACUUGACAAACCUGUAAAGUCAGCCAUUGUUUAGAUGUCCUCUUGUGUUCUAAUUGACCCUGGUUGGUCAGUUUAGGGAAGUACCCGCCCUGAAUGUAAUCUGGACACAACCGACGGUUAACCAAGGCAACACAUCAGAACAAUGACUGGCACCAGAAUGUUGGACCAAGACGCAGUAGAACUCUUUAAAUGAUUUUUUUUUUAGGAGUUUAGUGACAAGAGAAACAUUGAUUUUACUGUUUUACCUCCAUGGUGGGCUAGGAAGGAUGGCGUAACAUAGAUCCACUGUGGCGUUCACCUCCACUGUUUUAUCUGAUCGACGGCACACUUCCUGUUUGAACCAUGAAGUCAACUCACAAGAACCAACAGAAUAAUCUCUUUUCCACUGACUGGCUCAACGAAAUGGAGAAUAUUUUAGAGGACAGACAAUUUUGUACUAAAAUACAUAUUUAUUUCUUAUAUGCAUCAUAUUUGAGAUUAUAUUUCCCAGGGUUCAGUGGGUGUCCCUGAACGAGGAAGUGACUAAACUGACGUGGGACAUUAUGCUCCCAAAAGAAGCAAGAUGGUUGCUGUGACAAUCAAAUCCCUCAAACAAACUGUUUUUCCAGAUGCAGCCUGCCUACGAUGUCGCUUUCAGUGUCUUUCUGCUCAACUUGCCUCUCCGUUGAGAAUCCGUGAGCUAGCUAGCUUGAAUUUACUAGCGACGGUUUAUACAGGUUGUUCUAUAAGCAUCUCUAUCCCCCAUGACACCACAGUCCUGUGCAAAAUGUUUUCUGUUGAAAUUUUAGGAGGAAUAAUCAUCUAGAGCCGAGAUACUCAACCAUAGAGAGAUAUGUAUGAAAGUUUUCGUUCAAACUCAACGUGACACCAUCUGGUUUAACUAACUAGUCCUCCUGUCUGGAUGAAGGAGUUUUAACCAGUGAAACCAGCUUGUGUGGUGUUGGUUGGAAUGAAGACCAGUACAGACAUGAUUCUCCAUGGUACAUGGUUGUGUAUUACUGGUCGAGAGUAAUUUAAUUGAAGCCAUGUCUAUAAAGUAUUUAUUUUCUUGACAGAUAAAAAGUUCCUCUGUUUAAAACCAAACCCAGAAUUCUUCUUGGGCCAAGCAAGUUGAACCAGGUCUGCUCAGGCAAACCCCAUCAUUUCUACCAAGGACACGUGGAAUUCUGAUCGGACCUUGUCACAGUAUGCUUCUCCAUUGUGUUCAGAUGUAUUGAAGGCAAUGUACUGACGGUGGUGGCGUGUAGAGAAAGCUAAACUAAGAACCACUGCCUUGAUAAACCUCUGAUCACAUAUCAGCACGCCAGGUCUCACCGUGGUCCGAUUCAUGUCUUCAUUCUUCAAAAUACCGUGAAACUAUUUCAGAUCUUAAUCAACAAAUGCUGCCUUCAACUCUGCUGCCUCUCACAUUGGCUGUAGAGUAGUGUUUCUUAAACUAUGAUUCAGGACCCGAUACUGAUCCGGGACCUGUUUGUGGUUGGUCCCUGUGUGACAGCAGCACCAAUAUGGUUUAAUGACUCGGGCUCUGUUAUCAACUCGGUUAAGGUUAGGGUCACUUUUGGUGGAUCUGAAUUCUCAGAUGACAUGGGAAAAGUCCAAGGAAAGCCGUUCCCCCCUGAACAACUACUGUGACCCCUUAAGCAAGGCACUCCAUCCCUGACUCUGCCGACAGCACGACUGGUUUCACCGGCCAGCUCCCAGUAUGGAACUACAUGAAUAUGAAGCAAUAUGGAUCUAAACUUUGUGCUUGGAGAAUUAAAUAAUAAAACUAUUAUUUACAACAUGGUUAAAUGUAAUUAAACGAACCUCCCACGGUGCCUUCAGUCCAGAGAACUGCUAGCAUGGAGCUUUAUCACACAACGCUCAGAGUAACUGUCUGUGUGUUGCGGGUUGUUAACAGUCAUAUCAUUUCAUUUGACAAAGCUUAAAAUGGACCAACAGAAUCCUCAGAAUGAAUGAAUGACACUGCCUCCUGGAGGCUGGGAGAGGAACCGUCCAUCAUAAGAUCCAUACCCAGUCACCGCGAGGCUAGUUAGCACAAUAGUGAUGAUGAACCCAUUCCUCUCCAUCCAUACCAGCAGGCAUCCACCAUUUCAUCCACCUCACACACUCAGACAGGUUUCUGCCAGUGUGACUACACAUGUAGAGGAUUCACGCCUUGCUUAAGGGCAGUUGGCAGAGAAGAACUUCUCUCUGUCCCCCAUUUCUUAAGUUCUUCAGUUGAAAAUGAGUUGAAUCAUCUUCGGUCCUCUCAGUUCCCUGUCUCACUGCCUAUUUAUUGGAUAAUUUAUGCAUUAAAACUGAAGCUGUUUGCCGUUAUCUCUGUUGUGUGUACAGGGCUGUAAAUAUGUUCCAUUAUCCUGGAAUAAAGUUUGUCUGACUUGAA